AUUUCUAUGGGCUGGGGUUGCGGAGGAGAGAGCAUUUUGGAUCGGAGUACCUGUAGUUCAUUCUUUGAAAACUGCUUCUUCUUAUAUGCCUGUGACGAACCCCCAGAAUUGGAGCGGGUCUAAUGCCGGGACCAGGAAACCCCAAAAGUGAAGUCUGGAUGUUAAGCUGCUUCUUCCUUUUGAAGGCUCUUCUUGCUGUUGGGUCCCUGGCAUCCUCGGUAGCUGCAGGAGAGCAAGUGAAAGAAGGAGAAUGCCCUCCUGAUAAGAACCUGUGCAAAGAGCUUUGCCAGAGUGAUGAAUCGUGUCCUGCUGGGCAGAAGUGCUGCAGCACAGGCUGUGGUCUGGUCUGCCAAGGAGACAUUCCAAAAGGGAGGGAAGGAGAUUGUCCCAAGGUUGUUCAGACAUCAUCCUGUUUUAGAAGGUGCACUACUGAUGAGACAUGUCCAGGUUUAAAGAAAUGUUGUACGUUUGGCUGCAACAAAACCUGUGAGGUUCCAGUAUCCAAACAGAAGCCAGGCUUGAGCCCUUCUGGGCUUCAACACUUUGAUUCUAUGACAGAGUUUAGUGGCGAAUGUCCUGCCGAUCCCCUUCCAUGUGAGGAGCUGUGUGAUGGGGAUGCAUCCUGUCCCCAGGGGCAUAAAUGCUGUAGUACUGGCUGUGGUCACACCUGCCGUGGAGACAUCGUUGGAGGGCGGGAUGGUAAUUGUCCAAACAUUCUGGUGGGUCUGUGUAUUGUUGGCUGCAUGACGGAUGAGAACUGCCAAGCUGGAGAAAAGUGCUGCAAGUCAGGCUGUGGCCGCUUCUGUGUUCCAUUGGUCCUGCCAUCCAAACAGACAAUGAUUUCCAACUGGACUACUGGAUCUGAUUCUGAAUUAGAGUGUCUGCAGCAACUUUGGGAGAUGUGUCCUGUGAACCCAGGAGAGAGUGACAUCUGGGCUUAUAACAUUCCCAAGGACACUUGUGGCCCUCUCUGCUCUGCUUCACUUCCAUCUGCUGCUUGAAGCACAGGAAACAGCCCUGGGGUUGGGCAGCGGGUGCUGGUGCUUUUCCUUCUCAAUAAACACGGGUGUG